AUGCCAACAAGUGAAGUCAAAUGGGUGAAAUUUGGAAAAGUUCAAAAUAUUGCUUUCCUAGGGAAAGAAGUGAUAGCAAUAGCUUCAGGUGUUCAUGUGGUAUUCAUCAAUUUAAAUACAAAAGAUGAAAAAGUAGAAAGGUUUGAUAGUAAAGAACGUGGAGAAGGUGCUUCUUGUUUGGCAGGACAUCCAGUUGUACCAAUGUUUGCGCUUGCAGAACGUGGUAUAAAGCCAACGAUAUCAAUUUUUACUUACCCUGCUAUUGAAAAAAUCUCAACAUGUAUUUACCAACCAGUGGAAAAAAAAGAAAGAAGUAAUUUUCUCUUUUGCAUUUUUGGAGGAACUGAUUAUCUUUUUAGCCUUACUUCGUAUCCUCAUUUCAAAUUGAUAGUAUGGUCAUGGAGAACAGGAGAAAAUUUGAAAAUUAUUGAUACAGGAAUUAAGGAUAAUUUCCAACGCAUGACAUGCUCAGCUUCAUCUCCAUUGUUGAUUUCACAGUUGGGAGAAGAGACAGGAAAAAUAAUUGUGUACGAAAUGAACAUCUGCUCCAAAAUAAUUUUAUUAACUCCAGUAAUCAACUCUCUGACUGAAAAAAUCUCAUCAGUUUCAUGGACAUACGAUGGGAAUUUAUUACUUUGUGAUGAACUUGGGAAUGUUUUUUGCAUACAGUGUGAUGGAAAACGUCGUUACCUUGUUGUAGAAUCAAUUAUCUCUGAGAAACCACAAUGGAAGCCUUUAAUUACUGAUUUCCGUGGCGGAGUAGCAGUAGUCAAUUCUGAAUCUCGUAUCCUUAGGGACAGUCUUUUAUUUUGUACAUCAACUGGAGAAAUCGUUGAAAUCAGUGUUGGAGAUGAUGAUGUUCCUCGAAUGCAAAUGAUUUGUAACCAAGGAUGUGGGUAUUUAUUUUUAAUGGCUAUCAAUCCUAGAGGACUCCACAUUGCGGUUCUUGAUACUUGUAAUCGUCUUCUUAUCAUUGAAAGUCAAACUGGCAGUUUAUCAAGUACUUUAUCUUUCAAUGAGUAUGGACAAGUUUUGUAUUCAUUGGCACAUCCUGCUUUACCAAUUAUAGCAGCAACUACAGCAACAGGGACAUGCAAUAUUCUGAAUGUUGUUGAUGCAUUAAAACCUGUUUUAAUAAAAUCGUUAUUUUUAAUUAAACAACCACUGGAUAAAAUGAAGUUUUCCCAGGGUGGUGAGAUGCUAGCAGUAGCCAACCAGAGUGAUGGAUGUUUAUUCAUCAUGGGUGGCUUUAAGAAAGUAGAAGUUGAAGUGGAAACAUUCAUUAAACUUUCUUAUCAAAUUGCAGAUUUUUUAAUUUAUGAGCCCAAUAAUCAGCAUUCAAAAAUUUUGGUUCUUGUAAAGUCUCAUCCGUUAACUAAUAUUGGGAAAUAUUUAGUUGUUUAUGGUCUUCAAAAUAAAACUGCAAUGAUGGAAAGAGUUAUUGAGUUACCAAAUAUUUUCAAACACUUACAUUACGGUGAAUCUGUUUCAGAUAUUAUAGCCAGUCCUUACUUGACAAAGCAAUUAUAUUUUUUUAAAUUAACUAAGAACAUGAACACUAUCAACUUUAUCGGCUGUAUAUUUUCUAAUCACAAGUUGAGAGAUGUUAACAUCAAUUAUUAUGCAAAAAUAUUGUUAACAUUUGGAUAUGAUGGAUAUGUUAUGAUAAGAAAAAAUUCAAGCAUUAAUCAAAUAUUUACAAAGCUUCUAACUCAUCAUCGUCAAGAAGGAGGAGUGAAAAAUGCCAUUAUUUGUGUUCAGGAUAAUAUUAUAAUUAGUCUAGGGAGGAAUGGAAAUCUAGUUGCUAGUCAAAUGACCUCUCUUCCAACUACAUUUGACCCAGAUAAUCAGAAUACAAGCUUCAUUCAAUCACAGCAAGAUCUUACUAGUUUUGUUAGAAAAUCAGAUCUGAAAAUAAAUGAGUCGUGGGUUGAAUGGAAGCACACUAUGGAAUUGCAAAGAGAAAGAGAAGAAAUGAAUAGUGAACGUCUAGCUAUAAAGGCUGAUUUUAUAAAUUUGAAAAUAAAAUUAAAAAAACUUCUUGAUGAAAAUGAAUUUGAAAAUAAAGUAUCAGAGUAUCUAAAAAAGUUUUAUUGGGAUUCCAUGAGUGUUCCAGAAUGUAUUUUAAUAUCAUUGGAUGGAAAAACUCGUGUGAAGAAUUAUAUGUUGACUGUAAUACCUGAAGAUGACAAAAGGUGGAGAAUAUUAGAAAAUCACUCUUCAUCCAGUACCGAGGAAAAUGGUGUAGCUUCAUAUUCAUCAACGACAAAAGAAGAAAUCAAAACCAAAGAUAUAAAUAAUGAUGAGGAGGAUGAAGAAGAAAAAUUAGCAUUAGCUGGCAUAACUUCAUAUCGCUGGAUUCAAGAGGAUUCUCAUAAUAUCGUCAAUCAAAUUACUCGUGAUGGAAGCUAUGCUGAAGAAGAAGCCAUAAAAUUAGCAAGAGACCAGAUCAGUAGAAUAAACCACUGUUUAUCUGAGUUAAGAGAAGUGUUUCAAUUAGAUUACUCUGUAGAUUUUAAUUGGUUACACCUUGAGUUACACGAUAGUGAAAGACCACAAACAGUGGUGAAGGUUGAGGACGAGGAAGUUUAUAAGUCUAUCGAUGAUUUCACUCAUGCGACACACUCUGAUGAUAUGAAUAAUUCAAUAAGUUUAAAUGAAUCCAGUACUGCUGAAGUUUUAUUCCGUGAGGAAGCUUUACAGAAGAUGAUGGGUGGUGUCCUUGAAGUCCGGUGGGAAGAUGAAAUAAAAAAAGACAUCGAAAAGCCACAAUGUUUGUCAAAAGAUCCACAAAAUUAUACUGCAGAUGAUUUAAUUUCUAUAAAAGAAUAUGAGAAGGCUGUGGAGAGUCUAAGAAUCGAAAAAUUGAAAUAUAAAUCAAUUUUAGAAAAUGAGAUUAUUGAAAUUCAAAAGGCUUUGCAAGAAAAUAUCAAUGAAUUUAAUAGAAGUGUGGAAAUGUUUUUCCUUGAAAGAAUCAAAAUAGAAUCAGCAGUUUUGCAAGAAAGUUUGAUGAGAUUGCAAGAAUCAAGAAGGCAUCAGUUGCGAUUAAAAGGAGUGGAAAAAAUCAAACAGAUAGAAAACAAUGAACUAGCACCAGCUGUGAAUGAAUUUCAAAACCUUAUGGAAGAAUUGCCAGUGUUAGAAUCUUCAGUAAAUGAUGUAAAAAAUCGUUAUGAAAAUCUUUGCAAACGUGAGAAACUUCUAGAAGGGAAAUUGCGUGCAGAAUUUUCUGACUUGAAGCAACCAAUAGUAGAUUAUCUCUUGAGACAUUAUAAAAAAAGGCCUCGGUCUAGUCAAUUAAUUUGCACGUCAAUUAUCUAUCUGACAGAAGUCAGUAAGUGUAUUUUGAGUGGAGACAAAUCUCCAAUCCUUCCUCGUGAAUGCUUGGAUUUUCUUAAGGGAAUGAAUAGUUUAGAUAUCAUGCCGUCAGGGCUUCCAACUCAAAUAGACAGCAAUCACUGGUUCCUUCUCUGCAAAUUACGACGAAGUAAAGUAGAAAUAGAAACUAGGAUAAAAUGUGCUGUAAUCGAGUUGGCUGAAGCUGAACAAACAUGUAGCAACCAUCAAAAAGCUAUUCAGAAUGCUCAGAAUAGAAUUCAACAGUUAAGAGAAUUAAUUGAACAGUUGAAACAAAAAAAUUCUGAAACUUUACAUGAUAUGGAAAUACAAUUGGUGUUAAAAAUGGGACAGGUUGAAACAAAUUUAUGUGGGCAUCCACGUGAGUUCAAUAAUUCUGUACUCGUUGCAUUUGAUCAAGUGUUUCGAGUCAAUUCCUCUAUUGUUGAGGCUGGUCGAAAAAAGCUAACAGCGAUGAAUCGAACGCUUAUUUUUCGACGAACUAUUCAAUGGAAAGAAUGGUGCCACAAAUGUUUAAACAUGACAUUGAGAGAUAUGAAAGAAGAAUUGAAGGUUUUACAGGAUGUUAAGGUCACGAAAGAAAUACAAAAGUAUCUGAUGCGUCAUUUGCAUAUCGUCGGGUCGGAGAAGGACAUGGAAGCUUGGGAGAGGAGUAUCAUGUCGACCAAGAAGAGAUUUCGUAGGAUGCUUCAAAAUGAAAAAGAAUCACUAGCCAAUGUUGCUAAGAGGCUUAAUGAGUGGCAAAAGAAAAACAAUCAACUCAGUGAUGUAAUUGAAAAAACGAAAUUAGUUACUUUCAAAGUAUCUCUUAAAGCUAAUGAUGAAGAACGGGACAGUGACGAGAGAUAUCGUCGUGCUAAAUUAAAAGCAAUUAUGAAGAGAAAUAGACUAAUAACUAAAGUUAGGAAUAACUACGAAGAUUUAUUAUCCUUACGAUCUCAACUCGAGCUACUACGAUUAAAAACUUAUCCAACUUUAAGAUUAAAAAAUGCUAGAGAUAAAAAAAGGAGAACAAUCAAUGUCUAGAAAAUUAAUUGAACAUAAAUCUAAUUGCAGAAAAAUAAUUACGAUAGU